CAAUCAAUAAUUAUAUUCGGUUCGGUAUAAAAGGGUGGUUCUUUAGAGGACUACCAUCAGUUGCACCUGAGACUUCGACAAUGCACACUAUUAUCAUCAUCAGCGCUAUCCUGGCCUGCGGAGCCGCCGCUCCAGCCUACCUCUUAGCUGAGGAAGCCCACGUCGUCCACACCAUACCGAGCAAGUCCACCUUCACGCAGAGCAGCCAAGUCGUCAACCAUGGAAGCACCCACGUCCUGCACCCAAUUGAGACCAUCCACACCAUCCCCGUCGUUCACGCCAAGACUACCAUCACCAAGUCCAACCAGGUGGUCAGUCACGGUGGAACUUACGUCCAUCCAGUGCACUCCAUCAGUGUGAUGCCAGUCCAUGAGGUCUACCAUGUUCCGAAGACUACUGUCACUAAGAGCAACCAGGUUGUGAACCAUGGUGGUACUGCUGUGGUCCACGCUCCUGUGGUCCAUGCUCCCGUGGUCUCCGUGGCUCAUCCCGUGGUCUACCACUCCUCACCCCUCGUGACCCUCAAGACUGGUGACUCCGCAGUGACUCACCACAGUUCCACUGUCCACGAAACUGUGCCAGUUGUGAAGUCCCUCCCUCUAGUCACUCUUCAUCAUUAAUUUGUUAAUUUUUUCCACUGUUUUGUUUUGAAUAAAGUUUUGUUUUAAUUCUGAA